UACGAAUAGUUCACCAAUGAUACGAGACGCUGCGCGGGGUAAUGGUUCACUCGAAGUGUCUCAAAUUCUUCACUUCGCCAAAACGCCACUACUCAUUGAGCGGUCUCUGUAGCUGCGAUCCCAGCUUUCUUUCUUUCCUUAACGAAAGACUAAACGAAUUCUGAUAACAAUGUCAAGUUCUGUGUCGAAUAUUGGUGUCAUGACACCUAGCACCACAACUGAAGCCGACACAAUUGAACGAUCACUUAUUUCCCCUGGAGGAGGGAUGGACACUCCAACAUGCAGCAAGCAAACCCCAACUCCAUCAGAAGUUGGUGGGAAUAUGAGUGACUCAUGUACCCUCACCCGUAAAUCCGAUCCUCACCAUGACGGUAAAUAUCUCAUCCUCGACGUCUCUCACCACCGUGCCCUGAUGUGCCACGAAGGCAACCUACGCCUUAAGACGAUCAAUCUGGAAGACCUCCAACGACACAUUCCAGAACAGGCACAGUGGGAGUGCAAGGAAAGGCGCGGUUUUAGGGGGUUUAAGAAUGUUGCUGAGGGGACGUUCCUAGGCCAUGACAUUUGGUGGGAUUUCUAUGCCAAGGCCUAUCAUCAUAAGGGCUGGGAGGAUUUCACUCUGCGUCACCGCGAAGGUGGCCUAUACUGGAUCCAGAGCCUCGAUUGGUGGACGCAGAGGCAGGUCUCGGCAAGGCAAGAUGGAAGUGGCUUGUUGAGGCAGGAUGAUGGAGGCACUUUGUGGGAGUUUGUCAAGACUGUAGGCUGCUGAGUAUUAAAGAGGUGGAUUUAUGCUCGCUUUUGAAGGGAGUUGGGUACAAUACAAUGCAAUUUAUUACGCCCGGCGGCCUUCUCUGACCGAAAGGGCACUAUUCACCAAUGCUUACAUACAACGCCUGCUUUCAAGCGCGCUCGAAGGACGAGCAUUGGCGGAUCAGGAAGGCAGUCGCACACAGCUAGCCACAGAUCGGGAUGGUAGGUUCGAUGCAUUCUGACGUUCAUCACAGAGUUACUUAAGAUAUGGUACAUUCGCAAAACUUUGGACGAGACAACUAUAACCUGCUUUGGCUGGUGCAUCGCGGCUUGCCCAAUACGACACCGAGCAUGGCUUUUAUGCUUUCUUGAGAAUAGAGAUUUUCAAGUAAAAUAUAAACUCAAGUUACGUUCUCACAUCUCGUAUUGAAUAGCUGGCAAAUGAGAAUCAU